GAAAUUACAUAGAAUAUCAGAGGAACUUCAAGUCAGGAGGACAGGGAACAAUCCUGAAGAAGCUCUGUGGACAAGAAGAAAUAUGUCUUCAUCAGUUAAUGGGUGAUGCCUUACGGCCUUUUGUUCCUGAUUUUAAAGGAAGAGUGGAAAGUGAUGAUGGAGAAAUUUAUCUUGAGCUUCAGGACUUGUUAGCUGACUUUGAAGGUCCAUGUGUCAUGGAUAUCAAGAUGGGUGUUCGAACAUACCUUGAGGAAGAAUUGGCCAAAGCAAGGGAAAAGUCAAAACUCAGAAAGGACAUGUAUGAGAAGAUGGUCCAUAUUGAUCAUGAAGAGCCAACAGAAGAAGAACAUAGAAUGAAAGCUAUUACAAAACCUCGAUACAUGGUUUGGAGGGAGACUAUUAGUUCAACUGCCUCCUUAGGAUUUCGUAUUGAGGGCAUAAAGCAUGGUGAUGGAACAUCCACUAAAGACUUCAAGACAACAAAGACAAAAGAACAAGUUGCUAAAGCAGUGAGGAUAUUUACAAAUGGUUAUCCUGGUGUCUUGAAAAUGUACCUCAAAAGACUGGAAGCAAUUCUUCUUGCUUUGGAAUCUUCCGUUUUUUUUGCAAGUAAUGAGCUGAUUGGUAGUUCACUCCUGUUUGUUCAUGACAAUCACACAGCUAGCAUUUGGUUAAUUGACUUUGCCAAGACCCAUCCAGCCCCAGUUGAAAUGAAACUCACCCACAGGGAUCCUUGGCAGGUGGGAAAUCACGAGGAUGGAUACCUUAUAGGUAUCAACAGCCUCAUUGAAAUCUUCAUGGACCUUUUGAAGGAGAAGUGUGGUUAGAUAGUGUCCUUCAGUAUGUCGCAACAAGAAAGCUUUGCUCAGGGAGAGUUAUUGAGAUUCAUGUAUGUUAAGGUCAUUUCACAGCUCAAACUUCCACCUGGAAUCAGCCUGGUCCUGGGUGAAUGGAGCUCAAAAGCCCGGUGAUAUUGGAGUGAAUAACAAAAGGAGAAAUAAAAACAUGAUUGAAAUUGAACAAAUAUCAUAAGGACAUUUGUUAUAGAGAAAAAGUCACAGGCAUUGGUAACAUGUUAUUUAUUAAAAUGAAAAAAACAUGAAAGAACACUUAAUAAUUAUGCUAAAAAUUAAGAAGGGAAAUUUGAAUUAAUUUGUGCAAAAUAUCAUAUUGUUGGACUUCCAAUGUUAUUGCCCAAUUAUCAUGGACUCCAAUGGAUACCAGCUGAUAGACUGCAGUGACCACUACACCAGCUUUUGGGCACCACUGGCCAUUACAUCAGUCGCUUGGCUCCAGUGGUCAGUACACCAGCUGCUGGGCUCUAGUGGUCAUUAUAGCAGCUGCUGGGAUACAGUGGCCAUUACACCAGCUACUGGGCCCCAGUAACCAUUACAUCAACUGUUGUGCUCCAAUGGUCAUUACACCAGCUGUUGGGCUCCUUUCACCAGAGGUUUGAUGCUAGUUGCACUUCUGAACAUUUCUGUUAGAACACUGAGUGAAGCUGUAUUGUAAGUUUUAUAAUCACCAUUAUUCUACUUGGUAGAUAACACUUUUUUCUUCAAGUUUUAGUGUUAUUUUAGUAUGUAUAUAAUGCUGUUUUAAUGAAUAUCGACCAAUAAAACAUGACAACUAAAUAUUCCAAGCAUUUUUCUAUUGUCAGAUAUGUACAAAGGCUUAAUUGUUUGUUUUGAUUUGUUUAAUGCAAUAUAAUUUGAAAAUUGUAAUCAAGGACCUCCACUGUAUCAUGUGCUCGGUAUUUUGAUACUUUUAAGUUACCCAAAUGAAUAAUUAUUAUAAACAUGGCAAUUUUGAGCAGCUUAAUAUGAUUCAUAAACAUAUGAUAAUAGUAUUGAGAAGAAUACGCAAACAGUAUCUCAGAUUUUACCUGAAGUACGCAUUUUGUUAUUAUGCAGUUUUGCAUUUGUUGAUCUGUUUAUCCUAGAUAUUUAAUUAGUAAUACAUUUGCUGUUAUGUGAAAAUAAAAGUUAGUUCCUUUAAUAGUAGCAUUCUUGAUUCUACUAGUUAAUAACACAUUGGUUAAAUUUGAGCACCAUUAUAGUCAGUUGAUUAACUGUGAAACACUACUUUACAGCAAAGCUCUUAUUGGAAGUGAUUAAAUCUGUAAACGUAAUACAUACCAAAUGUACUUGAUAUAAACCUUGUCCUUAGUAAGAAAUUUAUUCUUACAAAUUUGUUUAAUUUCUAACAGGAAUGGGUAGCUACACUAAAUCUAUGUUAAGCUUUUACCAGAUUUGUGUUCACACUCCAUUUACACUUCCCUCAUGUGUAUGAUACUAAACCAUUUGGUUAUACCCUUAUCUGGUUGAUAUAAGGACUGUCUGGUUACAGUCUUGUCUGAAAGAUUCAGAAUUAUUUAAUUUAAACUUUUGUCUGUAGAAUU